AUGUCAUUAGCAUGGGAUCGAGCGAUUGCAAAGCCUGGUAUACCAUUUAGAAGAGCAGUUGUUGGUUUCAAUUGCAACGUGGACGUUAUCGUAUCAGGCAUACAAAUAAUUGAGAACUUAAAUACAACAUGUGAGAAAGGCACGGAUCAUGAAAGCUUAGAAACUCUUAGUGAUCUGCACGAAACUUUUAUACAUUUUUUCCAAAGAGGAGCACCUGCUGAAAGGUAUAUGGCAUCGGAAGCUACUUUUGAAACUGUGGUACGACAAGCCGAAGCAGCCAUACCAAGAGCUCAGUAUCACAUUGGAGGAAAUGCUGCUCUUAUGGCAGAACGAAUAGCAUCAGGAUUUCCUAGCACCGAA